CAGAUCGCCGCCGCUGGAAAAUUGAACGCGACAGGAGCGAGAGGAGCCACCGCCGUUCUCAUAUCGACGCCGCUUGUUCGAAGAGAAUUCAGUCGCCGUCGCCGCAGAUUUCCGUUGUCCAGUUGGUGUCGCUGCCGCUGGUCCGUCUAGAACUUCCGUUAGAAGAGCCGCCGAUUACUUCCCUUGCUCCCACGGUCUGGUGCGGCCAAAUUGAAAAUUCUGAUCGAAAAAAAAAGGGGGAGAAGUUGGAGAUGUUCUGCACCUUGAAUGAUGUUAGGCAUGUUCUACUUUUGACAAAGAAUCUGAUAUCCUUGCCUCGUCUCGACAGUAAGGGUUUCAGUUUCGAAGGUAAAGGUGGAGUUAUGAGUGUCUACAAGGAUUCGAAGGUGGUUCUGAAAGGUAUUAAGCAUGGUACCUUAUAUCUUCUACAAGGAUCUGUCAGUGUUGCAUCUGAGAUUCAUAGAGGUGAUGAAAGUCUUAAUGUUGAGGUGGAGGUUCCAUCUGCACGGAUUGAGACUGUUGAUCACCUAGAAGAAUCAUCUGUUUCUACGCCUCAAUGAGGCGAUAUGCGCCCCGCGAUGGGGCGAUCUGGGCUCGUAUGGGGCAAUCUGGGCCCCAUAAAGGGCAAUUUGGGCUUCAGGAGGAGGAGCCAUCUGGACACUAGGUUAGUGUCAUCUGUUUUUGUUCAGGUUCCAUGAAGAGUCAUCUGGACUCAAAGUGGAGUUUGCAUCUGUUGGUGUUUUAGCUUGAGUUAUCUGUUCCCAUGAGUGAGGGAAAUCUGUUUUGGUGUGUCACUACACUUCUGAACUCAAGUGAAACAAUCUGUUCUUGUCUUUUAGUGACAUUUGCGUCCUUGGUUGGACUUCAGGUACCUAUGGUACAUCUGGUCACUUCUGGAAGGGAAUAUGAUACAUCUGCUAUCUUUUGAGGAGAUUCAAGUCAAGGUGGAGAUUUGUUAGAAAAUGCCUUGAAUAUCUUUCCUAAUCUCAUCUUUAGAUAUAUAGUAGGAUUAGGAUUACCCAUAUCCCC